GAAGCAUUCACUGAACAAUACCAGGCAACUUGUGCUACAGCGUAAUACACACGCUUGUAAUACAAAGUACUUUGGUAUUUGUCUCGUGAAUAAGUUCACCGACCAUUAGCAUCUUCUACCAUCCACAGAUCUCCAUUAUGAGUUCCCUCCAGCGCCUCCAGUCACUCUACCCAUGGAUAAAGACCCCACUUGUUGUCGGAGCCCCGAUGAGACUUAUUGCCCUCGCAGAUAUGGCGGUGGAACUAUCUAAAGCUGGUGGAAUCGGUUUCAUAGGAGCAGGAACAGACGUAUCAGAUCUGGAAUCACAUGUCCAAAAAGCACAAUUAUUACUUCAAGCCCUACCGACGCCACUCGCCUCAAGGUCGAAGACUUUGCCCAUUGGUCUAGGGUUCAUCAAUUGGGGAGCCUCUCUCCCCGACUCUAUUGAUAUCAUUAAGAAAUAUAGUCCGGCAGCGGUAUGGUUCUUUGCGCCCACGUCAACCACAUCCCUACUUGAAUGGACUCGAAGUACUCGCGCCGCAUCUCCGGAUACCCAGGUAUGGGUGCAGGUAGGCAGUGUCAAGGAGGCCUUGGACACCGUCAAAACCGUCACGCCCGAUGUCCUCGUCGUUCAGGGUACAGAUGCGGGUGGACAUGGUCUUGUACGGGGUGCCAGUCUCAUCACGUUACUCCCCGAGGUGCAAGAUGCCGUGAGAGCAGCCAUUGUGGAGCAAGGAGGGGGCGAACCGCCGAUCUUCAUCGCAGCAGGCGGCAUUGUCGAAAAGAGGGGUGCAGCUGCUGCUCACGUCUUAGGAGCAGACGGGGUAGUGCUGGGCACUCGACUGCUGGCAUCGCAUGAAGCGAACAUUGCGCGUGGAUACCAACAGGAAAUCAUCCGAGCGAGCGAUGGGGGUCAAAGCACUGUGAGAACUAAGGUUUAUGAUAAUCUGAGGCGCACAACUGGUUGGGCUGAGACGCAUAAUGCGAGGGGAGUCAUCAAUAGGAGCUAUCAUGAUGCGAUCUCGGGGAUGGACGAGGAGCGCAAUAAGCAGUUGUACGACGAGGAGACUAAGAAGGGUGAUGCAGGAUGGGGUACGCACGCUCGAAUGACAACGUAUGCGGGGAGUGGAGUAGGCUUGGUGAAGGAGGUUAAGAGUGUCGAAGAUAUUGUCAGAGAGAUAAGAGAAGGAGUUGAGGAGGUGCUUGGGAGGUAAAUCAUUGAAAUGAC